UAUUUGCUACAGAAAUACCUAAGUCCUUUGCCGUUGAUCUGGGGCUGGUUGUGUAUUUGAAUCAGAAUACCUGUUCUUCUAAGAUCUAAGCUAUCUCCGGAGCUCCUACAAUACAACAUCAUAAUUGCUGAUUUCUCGGAACGACUCUUAUUUACAUCGCGCAGUGUUUUGUUUUGCAGAGAAUCAUGUGUUUGAAUGGAGUUUUCAGGACUGUAAGACAAUAGUAUACCAUUUCAUUGAAAUGGCCGUUGCUCAAGAAGCAGACAAGGAGCUGCUGAAAAGGGAGUUCACUGGUACAGUCACGAACUUACAGAGCACGUAUGGCCUUGUGGACCAUUCCGUGUAUUUUGAACUGGCCGUGGUGCGGGGCCAGAAGCCCAAUAUCGGCUCUGAAGUGUGCGUGCAUGCCCACAGACAGGAUGUGAGUAAAGGUUGGAUUGCAACCAGUGUAGCGCUAGCCAACCAAGAGACAGAGUGGUCUGCAGGUGGGUUUCAAAGCGAGACCUGCAACAAAGUAGUGAUCGGACAAGUCACGGAAGCGCAUCGUCUGACCGGCACAGUUGACAAAAAGUACCAUUUUUAUAAGCAAGCGUUGCCGGACGGAUACUGUCCAGUUCGUGGAGAUUGGCUUCGGUGUCACUUGCAUGGUAGUGAUGAUAACUGGUCAGUGGAGAAGGUCGAACCAACCCGGACACGCACUUACGAGGGCCGCAUCACCAGCACGCGGAACCCUUCGAUGAUUGAUCAUGACAUCAUGUUCUUGCGCUCGGCGUGCAUCCACUCGUACCGGCCACAAGAGGGAGAUAACGUAGAGGGUGAAGCCAUUGAACACGAUGGCCGCUCUACGGAGUGGCGGGCAUUGCACGUGCGGCCUGCCACGGCGAAGGGUGCUGGCCUCUUCCGCGUGAAUAGCGCGUUACUCAAGGCUGUCCGAGCGUGCAUUCUCGCCUGUCGGCCAUCCACCACUUCUGUCAGCACGUCCGUGAGCAUGCCGGAUAAAUAUGACCUGGGAGCGGUGGAAGUAGGUGGAUGCAGCAGGCACCCGGUCUGUGUACGGAACAUAGGCAGCUCUAACCUGAGUCUGUACACAGUGGUUGCUGUAUGGCCUGACCCCAUGCUGGAAAUCGCUGCUUUGCCAGCGGAGCUGUGCUUGUUGCCUGGCCAAGAAGGUUCUGUUGAGGUCAUGCUCACAGCAAGGUACCGAGGCACGUUUGAGCAGAUACUUGUUUUUGACUUUGGUGAGUCAUGCAUCUCGCGGCCCCUGUCCUAUCAAGUACUGGAAGCCGGCGAGGCCAUGCUUGCUCCUUCGGCGCCGUUCCAGAAGCCCGCCCGGCGCAGUGAUCUCGGCCCUCGCGAAUCAAGAGAAGGCCGUGUUGUCGUGCCCGGGAGGCGUGUGAAACGGGGAAUCGAGAUGAAGUAUCUGCCAUGCAAGCUGAAAAUGUACGACGUCCCGAACAGCAUUCGCCAGUGCUGCUAUGAUGGUGGUGAUGUGACCGAAGUUGCGCCGGAACUUGGGCAUGACUUGUCAUCUGCAAACUAUGUCCAGCGCUUUGACGCGCUCUUGUUCCUCGAAGAAGUGCAGAAUGAGAUGGAAAUGCAGCAGUUUGACAUGCAGUCCGUACGCUUUGCCAUCCGCGGUCCCUAUCUUGCCCUGGACGUGCCGGGGAUUGCUGAAGGUCGGCCGUCCUUGCUUCUCGGAGAUGCCGUGUCGGCCACAGUAGCAGGAGAGCGUGGUGCACGUGGAGCCAUCUAUGAAGGCUACAUCCACCAGAUUGUCAUCAAUCCUGACCAGCAGUGCAUCUUGCUGAAGUUUUCUGACCAGUUUCACAACACGUUUUCAGACUCUGAUUACGACAUAACGUUCUCGAUUGGACGAACCCCCUUUAGACGAUGUCACUUGGCGGUGGAAGUUGCUGCAGAAGUAUGCCAGGAGGUUCUGUUUCCGACAUCGCUCGCCUCUAAGCUGCCAAUAGCUAGCAUCACGCCGAAGGCCCUGAUCAACAAGCAGCUGAACGCGCGCCAGCUCUCGGCUGUCAAUCGUAUCCUAAGCGGACAGGCUCGGCCAUGCCCGUACCUGCUGUUCGGUCCGCCGGGGACCGGCAAAACCAUGACGGUUGUGGAGACUAUCCUACAGGUAUUUCGCUGUCUCCCGUCGAGUCGCAUUCUUGCCUGCGCACCCUCCAAUAGUGCGUCUGAUCUGCUCGCACAGCGCCUGUAUGCAUCCGGUAUGGUCACCCCGGCUGACAUGAUUCGCUUCAACGCUUAUCAACGUAGAACCCCCACUCCGGAAGAGCUGGUGCCUUUCUCUAAGAACAUUGAAGAGGUGCACGAAGCUGUUCGCUAUCGCAUCGUGAUCAGUACGUGUGUGACGGCUGGCAUGCUUUACUCUCAAGGUCUGCAGCUGGGACACUUCAGUCAUGUCUUCAUUGACGAGGCGGGACAAGCGACCGAGCCGGAGUGUAUGAUUGCACUGGGAUUGGCUGCUAACCAAUCCGGAGCUGCGAUGAGCAUCUUGGCUGGUGAUCCGUACCAGCUUGGCCCCGUGCUACAGUCGCCGCUCGCGAGCGACUACGGACUGCACGUGUCGCUCCUGGAACGAAUGAUCGAGCGGCCAAUGUAUCAGCGAGACGAGACCAAGUUCAGCGAUCAUGGCUGCUAUGAUCCGCUACUGGUGACUAAGCUCAUCCAAAACUAUCGCUGUCACCCGUCCAUCCUGGAGCUCUUCUCUCGCAUCUUCUAUCACAAUGAGCUGGAGCCGUGCGCCGAUCUCCAGGAGCGCAACCGGUUCUGUGGCUGGUCAGAGCUGCCCAAUCCCUCGUUCCCUCUCAUCUUCCACGGACUUGAGGGUAAUGAUAUGCGUGAAGGAACCAGCCCGUCCUGGUUCAACUCUGCCGAAAUUGUGCAGACUGCUGAUUAUCUCAAGUCUCUGUUCAAGUCGCCGGACCUGGGACUGAGAAUGGACGAGGUCGGUGUCAUUACACCCUACCGCAAGCAGGUGGAGAAGAUGCGACAGUUUCUUGGCACCGUCUCGCUGGAAGACAUCAAGGUUGGAUCCGUAGAGGAAUUCCAAGGACAGGAGAGACCUGUGAUUGUCAUAUCCACCGUACGAAGUCAAGAAAGUCUUCUAGCGUUCGACCGCACGCAUCAGAUUGGGUUCUUGUCGAACCCAAAGCGAUUCAACGUUUCGAUCAGCCGUGCCAAGUCGCUGAUGAUCAUCGUGGGCAAUCCGCACAUUCUCGUGCAGGACCCCUUUUGGCGACUUCUGCUAGUCUACUGUGCGCGCAAUGGUGCUUAUCGAGGCUGCUCACCACCGUCACUGGAUGCUGACGGCAGCCUGUUUGCUGAUACUGAGGAGUGAUGUAUCAACCACACGUGCUACUUUGCCACGUCAGCCAAAGGCAUGGUCACCAAUUCGCCUAAGGGACGGUCAACACAUUCUUAUACACGCUACCGGGUGACGUGUCCGAGUGAGAUGACCCUAACUUAGGAGGCGGCACCUUGCCCAGCAGAUGCUCUUCAGGUGAGCGGUUUCGAAUCUGUUCUCUUGUGUGCUGUAACUGUUGGAUAUGCUGCUGCUGCAGCAAUCAUUGUACGAAUGAUAGUGCCAACACUGUUGCCGCUAGCAGUCAUUCACUAUCAUGUGGUGACUAGAAUCGAACAGUAGCCGGCUUAGCUCUACCAUGUAGUGCAGUGCAGUGCGGUGCAGUACAGGCAGAGCCUUGCUUCACUCUUGGAUGUGCACAACUAGGCGACAGUUCAUUCUCAGCUCUCAGUGCGGCCGGGUGAAGUCGCAAUGCUCUACCCCCAUUCAGAUGACAUCAUUGCGUCGGUGUCAUGAUAUCGCUCACUGGUGGCUCUGAUAAUAGCGUAGUUUGCUCCGUUGCUCCCAUCCUAUGGCACAAUGAUGGAGCAAGAGCCGGGGACUUUUUUCUCCGCCUUCUGAGUGAUAGCAUUUCUUGCCUUAGUAGAUACACGUACAUGUAUGUGGCCUUUGUGAACAGCCAGCCAGCAGUUGUGAUCAAUAUUAAAUUUUCAUAAUGAACAAGUCAUACUCACACCACACAUUCCAACCCGCAGCUGGUUUUGCUUUUAUUGUCGUCCAACAAGACACCUUUUAAAAUGUGUUAUAACUUAUAACUCCUUUUGAAGAUCUUGAAUAUUUCUGAAAUACUUUCACCGAACGGAUUAUACAAGUAUGCUACAGACCCCCCCCCCCCUUCUCUCUCCUUCCUUCCCUUGUCUUGUGUUCACCAUUCUUAGGUGCUGCACCUUGCUGCUUUUCCCGUUUAUACAAAUUCGCUUGCAUGCAGUCCACAGAAACACUACUUUCUAGGCUUUGCUGAAAUCCGUGUACAUCUGUCGGUUGUUUUCUAAUUCUAGUCCCAUCUUGAAAUGAUUUUCCUACAAAAAUUGAUUUUCUUGUGACGUGUACAC